AUGCGAAGCCUGGAACGUGCCAAUUGUCACUGGGCCAACCAUCUGCGUCAAGGCCAUGCAGAGAUCCGAGACCAGAUGCUGGCCACCGACGACCACGACGAACCGAGCUACCUCCUUCGCCUGAAGUUUUCCAACGGCUGGCUUCAUCGAUUCAAGACCCGCUUCAAGUUGAAGUCACGCCGAGUGUACGGGGAAGCGGCCUCUGCAAGCGAGCGUACCGUCGAAGACGGUAGACGAAGCCUGCUGGCAGUCACAUCCGGCUACGACAAGCGCGACAAUUACAAUCUCGACGAGACCGCGUACUUUUACUGUUCCACCCCACCGAAGACCGUAUGCACAAAAGGCACCAACACGACGGCAUUCCUGCAGCCGCAAGAUGCGGGGAUCAUUCAAGGCAAGGUUGGAGUUCUGCGAGCAACGUACCUUGUGGAGAAGUAUGACAAGCUGGUCGCCAGUGCAGACGAGUCCAACAAAGAAAACUUCGGUAGCCUUGUCAACAAACUGCACGAAGUCAGUCUGGUAUCGUUGAUGAAGAAGUGUGCGAAUUGA